AUGGAGAACCAAACUUUAGAUUUGGAUGUUCUAAUUGUGGAGGGGUUGAAGGUCACGCCUCAUUCCUCUGUCCCAGCCUUCAUCCUCCUCCUCCUCAUCUACUUCUUCAUCAUGGUGUCCAACAUCGGGCUGGUGGUUCUGAUCAGCACGGAGCGCAGCCUGCACCAGCCCAUGUACCUUCUGUUCUGCAACAUGAGCAUUAACGAUGUGUUCGGGGCCUCCGCCAUCAUCCCGAGGAUCCUGAGUGACGUCUUUAUCCCCAUGUCUCAGCACUUCAUGUCCUAUGAUGAGUGCGUCCUCCAGGCCUUCUGUGCUCACCUCCAUUUAUGCAUCUCUCACACGGUGCUGAUCAUCAUGGCGUUCGAUCGCUACAUGGCCAUCUGCAACCCACUGCGUUACGCAGCCAACAUGACCCACAGGAUGCUGCUGGGUCUGUCGGUGUGGGCGUGGUCGCUCUCCUUCCUGCUGGUGGGGAUCCUCAUCGGCCUCAGUGUGCGUCUGUCUCGCUGCAGGAGGGUUAUCCUCAACCCAUUCUGCGACAACGCCUCCUUGUUCAAGCUGUCCUGCGAAAACGUUCUCAUCAACCACGUCUACGGCCUCGGCGCCGGCAUGCUCAUAAUGGCCAUGUCCCUGUGCAGCGUCAUGCUCACCUACCUGAGGAUCGCCAUGGUGUGUCUGCGCAGUAAGAGCCAGGCUCUGAACAGCAAGGCGCUGCAGACCUGCGCCACUCACCUGGCCGCGUACGCCAUCCUGCUGUUUUCAGGCUGCAUCAUCAUCAUCCUGCACCGCUUCCCUCACCUAUCGGAUCACAGGAAGCUGGCGUCCAUCAUCAUCCACGUGGUCCCGCCGGCUAUGAACGCUAUUAUCUAUGGACUGCAAAUCAAAGCAGUAAGAGAAAAGAUUAUCAUCAUAUUCAAAAGGGCAACCCCUGGGAAAGUGAAGGCAGCGUACGACGGGCUGUUGGGCUCGCUGUCGGGAGCAGACAUUUUUCUCAGGCUGUUGGCUGAGUUUCCAGACCUGACGCUGCCCACCUUCUCCACGCUCACCACCAAGCAUGGGGUGGAGCACCACGUCUCCACCGAAGGUCCCCCAGUCUACGCCAGAGCCCGGCGGUUGAACCCUUCUAAUCUUGCUGAAGCGAGGGCGGAGUUUUCAACCAUAGAACGCCUGGGCAUCGUCCGCCGUUCUGACAGUCCUUGGGCCUCUCCUCUACACGUCGUUCCCAAGCCGAACGGUGGUUGGCGCCCUUGUGGGGAUUACCGCCGCCUCAACGACACCACGACACCUGACCGUUACCCGGUGCCGCACAUCCAAGACUUCUCGGCACAUCUGGCCGGUACGUCGGUGUUUUCGAAAGUGGACCUGACAGCAGUGAUAACGCCGUUUGGACUUUUCGAGUUCCUGCGGAUGCCUUUUGGGCUCAAGAACGCCGCCCAAACGUUCCAGCGCCUGAUGGAUUCGGUGCUGCGGGACCUGCCGUUCGUGUUCGUCUACCUGGACGACAUACUUGUCGCCAGCGCUUCGGUGGAAGAGCACCUGUCACACCUCCGAGCCCUUUUCGCGAGGCUCAGCCAACACGGGUUGAUAAUCAAUCCUGCAAAGUGCCAGUUUGGGGUGUUUGACAUUGACUUCCUCGGACACCGCGUCACCAAAGGCGGUGUAGCACCCCUGCCGGCGAAGGGCCGUGAAUUUACGGCGUUUGUCGACCACAAGCCGCUCACUUUCGCCAUGUCUAAAGUGGCGGAGCCUUGGUCGGCACAUCAGCAGCGGCAGCUUUCCUACAUCUUGGAGUUAACCACAGACAUUAAACACGUGGCUGGCAAGUCGAACCUGGUUGCAGAUUGCCUCUCUAGGGUCGUUAUCGGAGCAGUCUAG